AGGCCAUGCUGCCUCUGCCAUCCUCGCCCUCGGCUUUGAGUCUUCAAACCACAGAGGCACAGACGAUUGUUACACCGCGCUCGCGCUGUAGCCCUACUAUUAAAAUCAAAAUGGAAUCAAAUAUGGAAUCUUCUGAAACUAAUGAUGUGGUGGAGAUUACUAAUGCUUCCAGUGAUACAAAACUAACUUUUGUCGAACUGGGCUUAAGAAGUGAAUUGGAAGAAGCAUGUAACUUGUUAAAAUGGACAGAACCAACUCCUAUUCAAAGAGAGGCAAUACCAUUGGCACUUCAAGGUAGAGAUGUUAUUGGACUUGCCGAAACAGGAUCAGGAAAGACUGGUGCAUUUACCCUGCCAAUGCUGCAUUCCUUAUUAUCUAAUCCACAACGUCUAUUUGGACUCAUAUUGACACCAACAAGAGAAUUGGCUUUUCAAAUUUCUGAACAAAUUGAAGCACUAGGUUCUUCUAUUGGAGUUAAAUGUGCUGUCAUUGUUGGGGGAAUUGACAUGAUAAGUCAAUCUUUGAUGCUAGCCAAAAAACCUCAUAUUGUCAUCGCUACACCAGGUCGUUUAGUUGACCAUUUAGAAAACACCAAAGGAUUCAAUUUGAAAUCUCUGAAAUAUCUGGUGAUGGACGAAGCUGAUCGCAUAUUGAACAUGGAUUUUGAACAGGAAGUUGACAAGAUUCUUAAAUCCAUUCCAAGAGAAAGGAGAACUCUACUUUUUUCAGCUACUAUGACAAGCAAAGUUCAGAAACUUCAAAGGGCAUCCCUUGUCAAUCCUGUCCGUGUUCAAAUAUCUUCAAAGUACCAAACAGUUGACAAACUUUUGCAAUAUUAUGUUUUUAUUCCUUUGAAAAUGAAAGAUGUUUACUUAGUUCACCUCCUGAAUGAGGCAGCGGGACAUUCUGUUAUGGUAUUUUGCUCCACCUGCAGUAGUACGUUACGUACGUCUCUGCUCCUUCGUGCGUUAGGUAUUUCUGCCGUGCCACUUCAUGGACAAAUGACCCAAAACAAACGUUUAGCUGCCCUUAAUAAAUUUAAAGCUCGAAAUCGAGGUGUUUUACUUGCGACUGAUGUCGCCAGCAGAGGGCUGGAUAUUCCUCAUGUUGACUGGGUUAUUAACUACGAUAUCCCCACACAUUCAAAGGAUUAUAUACACAGGGUCGGUCGUACUGCAAGAGCUGGCAGAAGUGGGAAAGCCAUAUCUUUUGUAACGCAGUACGACGUAGAACUCUAUCAAAGAAUUGAGCACUUGCUUGGCAAACAGUUGCCACUUUAUGGCUUAGAAGAAGGUGAUGUAAUGAGUCUUCAAGAAAGGGUUGCAGAAGCUCAGCGCGUAGCCAAAAUGGACCUUCGAGAGUUGGAAGACAAAGGUCAAGGCGGAGUGCGAGGAGGGAAGAAAAAGAAAACCUUUGAUGAUGGAAAUGAUGACACAGAAAUGUCAAGUGGUGUGCGGAAGAGAGUUAGAAAUUCUGGAUCACGUGGGAGAAAUAAAUGACACCUGGCGGAAAAAAUAAAAUUUUUCAUUUUCGAA